AUCACUUCGGAAUCUUAGUUAAUUAAAUUACAAUUUAUGGUUUAGAAAUACCUCAACGUAUAAUAUUUAGUAUAAUUUGGAAGUUUUGAAUUGUUUUUCAUUUAAAACAACAAAAAUUCACAGGAAAACGAACAUGACGUGAAAAAUAUCCGUAGUUAGCAGUAGUAUUUUGGCCAAAACAAUAUUAUUUUAGCACUAGACUAAAUCUAUCAAUCCUAAUACAGUGCAAAAGAAAAACUGAAGAGUAGUGGCUUUUGCGCGGACUCGCCGGCGAAGCAAGCAUUCGUCGCGAGCGCUAUGAGCGGAGUCGCCAUUGCGCUGGCCAUGUGUCCCUUUGACGUCGUCACUGUCCGUAUGACUAACCAGGCCUCCGAAGCAAGUGGCAAACGACUCUACAAAGGCGUCCUGGACUGCCUCAACAAAAUAUACAAGACUGAAGGUCUCCACGGCAUGUACAAAGGCCUGGGACCUCUCUACCUGAGGAUAGCACCUCACACGACCCUCUCGUUAGUUAUAUGGGACAUGUUAAAUAAUGUAUUACUCGCUCAUAAAAAAAGUAGUUGA